GGUCGUGUAAAGGAGACAACGGGGGAGCACUCAUAUCCAGUAGCGACAAUAAUCAAAUACCUUCAGGAUAUAAGUGUCAAAUAGCUCCUCCUUUCAAUACUAUUGCAGAGCUGCAACAUUAUGUUUGUGUGAAUUAAGCCAAGACGAAUAUUGGAAAUGGCAUACUACGCGGCACUCACUUCACUUCGGGAAUUACUCGAGGAUAUAAUCCACCAUGAUCGAUAUCCAAGCUUUCGUCGUGGUAGGGAAAACAUCAUGACAUCUCUCUAUGGAAAAUUUGUUGCUUUAGAAGAAUUAUUGCAGGAUUAUACAUCUGAAGGCGAAGAGGCAGCUGACCGUUUGGAGGGCCUAAUCAGAGAUGCAGCCUGCAACACACAGGAUAUUAUUGAGUUGGAGAUCUUCGAGCAAAUUAGACCAUUGAGAAAAGCAAUAAAUAAGGCUGUCCGCUGGUUGACUAGAAAGGAUCAGCUUCAUAAGAACUUGGAAAUGGUGGAGCAUGAAAUUGAUUCGAUUACAGGAGAGCUGGCUACAAUAAUGGAAAGGCAAAGAUUCAAAAAUUUGCAGCUUAAAACCGAUGCUUCUACUCAUCAUGUGUUUGAACAGACACCUGAUGAGACCAAUACUAUGGUGGGAUUCGAUGAGUACCUUACCACGAUAAAAGAUCAGCUGUGUGGACAAUCACUCCGGCUUCAAGUCAUUCCGAUUAGUGGAACAGGGGGAAUAGGUAAGACUACUUUGGCAAGAAAUGUUUUUCAUGAUGCUUUAGUCAUGUAUUAUUUCGAUUAUCGUGGUUGGACAACUGUGUCUCAACAUUAUAACGAGAAUAAAGUUCUUCAAAGUCUCUUGAAAUCCUUAAUGUCGAAAACUGACAAAUCAAAUGGAGAGGAAGCAGAGGCGUCAAAGGAGAGAAUAUACCAAUAUUUGAAAGGGAUGAGGUACCUAGUUGUAAUAGAUGAUAUAUGGAGUAUAGAAGUUUGGGAUGAUUUGAGGUCUAUAUUCCCUGAUGAUUGUAAUGGAAGUCGGAUUGUAUUAACAACUCGAUCAUUGGAUAUUGCCCAAUAUACAAGUAGUUGCGGCAUUGUUCAUCAGAUACAGUUCCUAAACAAGGAGGAUAGUUGGAGCUUGUUUCAAGGGAAGGUGUUCGUUCAAGAUCAUUGUCCUCCCGAGUUUGAGAGCAUCGGAAAGUCUAUUGCAAGUAAAUGUUACGGACUUCCUCUGGCAAUAGUUGUAAUCGCGGGGAUCCUUUCCAAGGCUGCGCUAAUACUCAAUGAUUGGAAGCAGCUUGCAAGGAACAUGAGUACAGUUUUGAGUAGUAAGGAUAGCCACUUUUCGAAGAUCUUAUAUUUGAGUUACGCUCACCUUCCUCAUCAUCUGAAGGCAUGCUUUCUAUACAUUGGAAGUCACCCGGAGGAUCAUAACAUAAGGAUCUCUCGUCUUAUUGAGAUGUGGAUUCAUCUCGGGUUUUUGAGGCCACACCGGGAUUUGCAAAGCCUAAAAGAAGUCGGGGAGGAAUGCAUAGAGGAUCUUGUUCGAAGAAAUCUUGUUGUCAUCACUAAGAAGAGAAGUGACGGCCGAUUCACGUCGUGUGUCUUGCAUGACCUUUUGAGGGACAUUUGCAAAGAUAUAGCUUCUCGGCAAAAUCUUUCUUUCAUUAUCGAACGAGGCGUUGUGUUUUUGAAUCAAGAGAGGUAUGCAAGUCAGCAACACUUCAAUUUCCAUGGCUAUCCUCAUUUCCGUCAAUACUAUCCAUUUGUUAGUAGCUACCUUUACCGGCCUGUCCCUGAGUGGUCUGAAAACAGGAUGUUCUCGGAGUUUAAGAAAGAGAACCGAGACAGGUAUAAACUGGUGAAAGUAAUGGCUGUGCAUUUCAGGACAACUAGCUCAAUCCCGGAAGCAAUCUUACGUAUGUUUCAUCUAAAGUAUCUUCAUUUGCACGUAUUCAGAUUCGAAGCACGGAUGGUACGCCUUCCUCCCUCCCUGUCCAAGCUUCAGAAUCUUCAGACCUUAAUUAUUACGAAUUAUGUUAUCAGUACUGUCGUAUUACCUCCUCAGUUUUGGAAGAUGACACAGCUAAGGCAUCUCCUGGUUUCGGAAAUGAACUUGCCACCUGCUCCCGGUGUUGGUUCUAAUGCAGUUGUAAAAUUGGAAUAUUUGCAGACUCUAAUGACUGUGUACGACUUUACAUUCACCGAUGAAGCCAUUGAAAGAAUCCCAAACCUCAGAAAAUUGAAAACAUGGUACAGAGGAGCUGAAGGCACUUGCAAAUGGAGGUUACAUGGCCUUAAUAAGCUCAUCCAUCUCGAACAUCUCGAAAAUCUUGAAGUAUCAUUUAAAAAAGAAUGCUCGUCGUAUCAUCCACCCGUUGAGUCCUUUCCUGGUAGCUUUGCCUUCCCACCAAGUCUGAGGAAGUUGUCGAUGACAGGUUGUUUACUUCCAUGGAAAGAUCUUAGUGUGGUGGGUGCAUUGCCAAAUUUGCAAGUGCUCAAGCUACGAAAAGGCUCGUAUUUGGGAGAAGAAUGGAAACCGAUUGAGGGAGAAUUCCGUAGCCUCAAAUUCAUCUUGAUGGAGUGGUUAGAUCUUAAGUACUGGCGAGCUGAGACAGAUUGCUUUCCAUGCCUCGAACACCUUGUAAUAAAGUCGUGCAGGCUGGUGCAGAUCCCUCUUGAAAUAGGGAACAUUCUGACUCUUAAAACCAUUCUUGUAGAUGGAAACAACGCUACAGCAGAAUCUGCUAUCCGAAUUCUAGAAGAGCAACGCGACAUGGGAAACGAUGUACUUCAAGUUUCUGUUGGUCAUCUCAAGUAUGGAGAUAUACCUCCCCAUCAGAAGCCAGCAUUUGUUGGUUGAACGUAUGAAUGAUAUAAGGUUAUUGCGCUCGGGCCUUUUGCUGCGACGAAGCCUUGGUGAGGUUUGGUCUACAUUUCGCGCCAAACUGGUUUUCCCUAUUCCUCUUGUUUCACUAAUUUGAAUGACUUGAAGUCGGGAUGAUUGUUAAGGCAAAUGAUCUUUUGUCGCGGUCAGGUACUCAUGGUAUUUUCAUCCAGGCUCAACGAAAACCUGCCAAAUAUGGAAAUUCGGCUACUGCAAACCAAAAUGAGAUUCGAAUUCAUCGCCAAACAAACACUAGGAAGAAGAAGACACAAGAGUGGACUAGAAACUUUAGCCAGGACAGAAUAUGCUAAUGUAAGAGCUGAAAGUAACAUAAAUCUUGUUUGAUUCAAUGAUGAACUAACUUAAGAGUAAAUAGAGACAGAGAGCUCACCAGAACUAUCAAACAUACACCGAAACUCGAAGCUCGUAAUUUCCCGCGCGCUCUUGGUCAAGUUGAAUCAGUAUUGCUGAAUCUCCAUCGCGUUCAUUUCUCCACACUUCGACGCAAUUAAGAGUGUCAAUGCCCCCAAUCUCAAUAGGGAUCUCCUCCAACUGAAGGCAAUGAUAGAUUUUAAGUCUUUCAACGGGUAGAAACAAAGAAAAUGACGGCUAGGCUAAAGAUUACAGAUCUCUAAGUCCGUUGUUCAAAUCAACUAACACUACAAGAAAAUAUCAUUUUCGUAACAAAGUUUUU